AUGAUCAGGCAACAGAAAGUGGGGCUUGAAAGGAGCAUGAUGCAAGGCAUGAAGCCAAGCUCCUCUGUCAGUUCCCUGGCAUCAACUGACAGACAAGAUGUGACCUUGAGUUCCCUGAUGCACUACACAAGAAGGCCUAGUGCCACUGCCACAGGACCUCUUCCACAGACAGGGCGACGCCAUGAGGAUCGUCUUGAUGAAAAGCAACAAAAAAUGGCAGAUGCAGAUGACCAACUCAAAGGACCACUUAUACCAAAAAAGAAAAGAAAAAAGAAAAGUCUCAUCACUGUUAACCUUGGUGGCACUCGAUAUGAUAUAAUUCGUCAGAUGUCUGAGAAGCUUGGAUAUGCUGUUGCCAAGGAUGAUGAUCCUAACAGUUAUCUGUUUUGGAAUGACUGCUUUGUUGCUACGGAUCGGAUCUCAGAGAUGAAAUCUUUCCAAAGGAUAAACCAUUUCCCUGGCAUGGGAGAAAUCACACGCAAGGACUGUCUAGCCCGCAAUAUGGCUAAAGUUCAGAAACAGCUACCAGAGGAUUUCUCCUUUGCCCCAAAAACCUGGAUUCUCCCGGCUGAUCAUAGCCUUCUACUAAACUACGCCAAAGACCUACGUGCAAAGAAAAAAACAAAAACAUUCAUUAUUAAACCAUCGAAUGGAGCUCAGGGACAUGGAAUUCAACUGUUUAGAAAUGCAGAGAAAAUCCCUCAAUCAGAACAUUUUAUAGUACAAGAAUACAUAGACAAACCACUGUUGAUGGAUGGCUACAAGUUCGACCUCCGCCUGUAUGUGCUGGUGACCUCAUGUGACCCGCUCAGAGUGUUUCUGUUUGACGAUGGACUUGUCAGGCUCAGUACUGAAAAGUACCUGGCACCGACUGAAGCCAACAUUAGCCAUUCAUUUAUGCAUUUAACAAAUUAUUCGGUGAACAAGCAUAAUGAAUUUUAUGAGAAAGGGGAAUCUCUCAGUUCUGGGAGUAAACGUUCCGUUCAGUUCUUCCGGGAAUAUUUGAGACAAAAUGACAUCAAUGAUGGGCUUCUGUGGCAAAGCAUUGGUGAUAUGAUUGUGAAGACUUUGAUCGUGUCAGAGCCACAUCUAUUGCAUGCCUACCGGAUGUGUCGUCCUGGAGCUGCACCGGGAAGUGAUAGUGUGUGCUUUGAGGUGCUAGGAUUUGAUGUGUUGAUUGACAGAAAGCUACGACCCUGGCUGCUAGAAGUAAAUCGUUCUCCUAGCUUUGGGACUGAUGAGAGAGUGGACUAUGAUAUCAAGUCAGCCUUGAUUGAAGACACCAUCAGAUUGCUCAAUAUCAAAAUUAGUGACAAAAGCAGAAAUAUGGCCGCCCAAAAAGCAGAAGCCAGAAAGAGGCUGUUCCGACAAAAUAAGCGAACAGAUGGACCAGAUAUAACAGAGUAUGAAAAAAAGCGACAGAGUAUAGAGAAACGGAAAGAAGAACUGAAAGAAACACUGGCCAGAAUAAGGAAGGUAUCUGCUAGAGAGGACUAUGAGAAUAGAAAUCGUGGUCGAUUCCGACGAAUCUUCCCUCCAGAUGACAAAGUAAGGCAUGAACGAUAUGUUCAAUUGCUUUCCUCAACAUUUGGAAUUUUUAUGUCGGGCAAAGCACCAGCCAUGCAGAAAGAAAUCCAGAGGGUGUAUAACAAUAAGUUGAAGGAGGUGGAUGUCAUGGACAUGUUGGCAGAAUGUGAAGCUGAUGAGAAAGAAGGAAAAUAUUACACAGGAGGCACUGGUAAACCUAGAGGUCCCAAGCCUCCAUAUAACACCACAGGAAAGUUUCAUUAUAAUCACAGCAAGCCACUUCAGAGCAUGCCUGUGAGUGUCCCAUCACCCCUUGAGAAUGAUGAUGAGGAGGAUGAGGAGAUGGAAGAUGAAGAGACAGAGAGUAUGUCAGCAUCUGGCUCGCCUUCCAUGGGACGGCAUGGCUAUCACCCUGGUAAACGCCCCGGUUCUUCUGGUCGACCAGACAGUAGACUGAGCAAUGAUGGGACUUCAAGUACCUUCAAUUCCAGGCCAAACUCAGGAGUGGGAGGGCUGAGGUCAAGGCCAACUAGCAAUAUGUCAGCAGUCAACCAAAGGUCAAGGUCACUGUCUCGUACAGGGAAUGGAAAGCAUACACCAUUACAGCGAUCUACAGUGCAGGAUGACAAUUUCCUGUUGAGUGUGGUGAAGGAACGUGAGGAUGAGUUAACAAGGAAGACACUGGUGGCUUUGAAUGAGAUGAGAAUCAAAUUCCCGGGCAAGUCAGACCAGGAGGCAGAGUAUAUCCUUGAUAAGUUACACGAAAACUGGAAGUUCCACAAACCCAGGAUUGCAUCAUACUGGCUGGUGAAGCUUGACUCGAUCAAACGAAGGAAGGUGAUAGAUAUUGUGCGUUCAAAUGUGCGAGCAGUACUUUUACGUACCUGGCGUGUCAGUGAUGUGGACAGUCUGAAAGUGUAUCGAAUCUUCAACCGCGUGUUUAACCGGCUACUAUGGAGUCAUGGCCAGGGACUCUGGAACUGCUUCUCCUCGUCCAGCAAUGCCACAAGCUGGGAGGCAAUUUUCAGUAAAAGUUCUGAGAACAUCUGUGAAGCGGAGUUAAACUGCUGCCGUCGUAUUGUCCAACUCUGUCGUGACUGUCUUCUCAUUGUCUAUCAAUUUGCUGCUGAGGCCAAAUCUUCCCAAAGCAAUACCCCACAUCACAGUAGUGUGGAGGAUCAGUCUUCAACUGGGCAAUCCAUUUCUGCCAGAGACAAAUCAGUCUCACUCAUUCCUCCCAACACGCAAACAAUGAGUCAGAAGUACUCUAAACUGUACCCAACGACCCGAACCCAGAGCAUGGGAUCCUGA